UUGUAUUGACGUUGAAAGUUAAAAAACUUGCAAAGUCUAAGCUCAAGGACUCAAGUGGACGUAAAGAAAAGUCGAGGGCCGAAACCAAAAACUUGUAGGAAUGUGAGGACUGUUUGGUAAAUAUUUCAAAGUUUUUCAGUCUUAUGCCUGUUUCUUGUUUCUCUCAGGUUUCACGCGCCGCCGCGAAAACAGAGUUUAGAAAGAAUAAAAAAUCCAAAACGCGGCGAAGGUUGAGAAAGGAGAGAGAGAUGCAAUCCCAAGGAGUUUGGAGCACACUAUGGAGAAAAUACGCAGAUUAUAAGUACAACAAGUUCGAGAGGUUCGCUGUCUGGGAGAUGAUCGAGCCUUACCGUCGACCCAAAACCUUCACAGCUUUGAUUACUAUCUACGUCGCCGCCUUUUACACCGGCGUCAUCGGCGCAGCGGUUACGGAGCAGCUUUACAAGGAGAAGUUUUGGGAAGAGCACCCAGGCAAAACGGUGCCUCUGAUGAAGCCAUUAUUCUAUCGAGGACCAUGGAGGGUUUAUCGUGGUGAAGCUAUUGCUUCCGAUGCUAGCAGCAGCCAGUGAAGGUAACGAUCCAGAGACUAUGGGCGAAGGAUAUAUCUCCCAUCAUUAGUUGGUUUAUGCUGGUUCGCUGGUAUAUAUACAAAACAACUUUGCGUUCAGUAGAAUGCGUGUGUGUCAAGAGUUGUUUAAAUGUCUUCUAGGUUUCUAUGGAUUAAAGCUGGCUGCUGUAUUUUUCUUGUAGACAAUAAGGUUAAGAACAUGAUUCUUGAAACUCAUGUAAUGGCAGUCUCUGUUAUAACAUCAAACGUUUUGUUA